AUGCCCUACAGAUUUCACAAAUCUGCACACACCCCGGACGACGCGACAAUGAUCGCUCCUGGACUACCCGGUCAACAUCACGGCGAUCAGCCUCCCACGGGAUAUCGGCUUAGGACCGCACCGCGACCUCACGGCACGAUCAUUGCAUCUAACGCCACGGCCGUGAAAUACGAGUGGGAGUUCCGUGAGUUCCUGCACACCGCCCGGUUUGUGUACGGGCUAGAUACGUGCCGGGCUCUGGGGAUCAGCGAGGCGGCCGACUGCGAUCUGAUGGAUGAGACGGCGGUGAUUCUGUUUGUGGAUUAUGGGCUGGAUGAAAGGUUGAAUCUGUAUGCCGGGCUGGUCGGUGAAACCGACGUUGACACGGAUGAUAGUGAGCUGUACCAACGAGGGCGGCAUGGGGAGUUUGUGGUGGUGGUGAUGGCGGGCGGGAAGGAGGAGGACGAUGAGGGUGCUCAAAAGCAACAGGACGCGGUGGAGGAUCUCCGUCGCAUCCUUGACGGCUUUAUCCAAGAACAGAUCCUCGAGCCGGGUGACGCACAGUAUCUUCGGGCGAUCAUCAUCAGCGGAGACGCAUCGGAGGCAGCCAUUGACACCCUCAAACAAGCUCUACAACUGGCCAUCCCGGAGGAUUGGAGGCCCCUUGUCCGGGAUCAGGUGGACCCAUUCUGGGUGGGGGCCGUGGGGGCUGCGCGGCGAGCGAAGAUGCAUAUCGUCGAUCCGAGAUACAAUAUCACGGCGUUUGAGGAAUGGCUCCAGGACCUCGCGCGCAUGCACGACGAGCUUUAG